GAGUCAUCAUGUAUAGAUUCUAUUGGUAUCCAUUAUAUUUAUCUCCUACAUGUAAAAUACCCGGACCACCAAUCGAUCAUUUUCUCUUGGGAAAUGUUAUAAGAUUGGUAAAUGAGGAGCCUGCUGAGCCACAGUUUGACUGGGCA